GAUCUCAGCCGGCUCUCCCCUUCCUCCGAGCCGAGCCCUGACACUGCUCUGCUCCUCUUUCUUCCUCCCUCUUCCAACCGCAGCCCCAGCCGCCGCCACCAGCGGCCGAGCCCCACAAGCUCGCUUCUCCACCUCAGCUCCACCACAUCCUCCUUCCUCUUCCUCGUCUCUCCCUCUUCCUCUCGGGCCAGCUUUCACGGUGGAGCUUCCUUGUCUGUGAGCUCCUCAUCAUCCGUCUUUCGGUCAGCCCCGGUCGAGUCCCUCACGGCUGUUUCACCUUCUCUGAGCCCUUCCCAAAGUGCUCAACCUCUCGGCCAGCCCACCAUUGGGCUCUUCCCGGCGGCGUUCCAUCCUCCCGGAGUUCACACGAAGGAAGACUUGGCCCUGGUUCCGACCUAGCUAAGGAGAAGGUAUCACAAGAAGGAUGAAGAGCUAGCAGAACUCAAGCUCAGAGAUUGAAGUUUGAGCAUUGCUUCCACUUAUGUGCACAUUGGACAUGGGAACAAUUUCACAUCUCCAUCCAUUCCCCGUCUUUUAUAUUUGUGGAAGUCACAGAAAACCAUGCUUGCCAUCACGUGGAUGGCUACAAACUGAAAAUCUGACAUCCAGGGACCGUACUGGCAAACUGAGAAUUACGAGAGGGGCUCCUAUUGCUGAACUUUCCGUGCCAAAGAGAGACAUCAAACUCUUCGCCGUUCCAAAUUCAGAAGAUGGACACAUCCCUGUCUCAACAGUAAAAGAAGAAAUUAAUUCGAACCAUGCUCCCAUUAGUACAGAACUGGAGGCCUGGGUGAGCAAGUGGUCCCCUCCAAGGUACCUCUGGAGGGGACUGUCGGUCCUCGUCCUUGCUGGGCAGGUCAUAAUUAGAAUUAUAAAGGGCAAAGUCCACCGGAGAAACACCCUCCAACAGCUCGAACGCGUGGGCCCGAAGUCACUUGGUGUCUGUCUGUUAACCUCUGCAUUUGUUGGGAUGGCCUUCACGAUACAGUUUGUUAGGGAAUUCACCAGGUUGGGCUUGAACCGAUCUGUUGGUGGGGUUCUUGCGCUAGCCUUCUCUCGGGAACUGAGCCCAGUGGUAACAUCUAUCGUUGUAGCAGGGCGAAUAGGGAGUGCAUUCGCAGCUGAACUGGGAACAAUGCAGGUCUCAGAGCAAACUGACACACUCAGAGUCCUGGGUGCUGACCCAGUUGACUACUUAGUCACACCAAGGGUCAUUGCGUCCUGUAUCGCGUUACCAUUUUUGACACUGAUGUGCUUCACCGUUGGGCUGGCCUCGAGUGCUUUACUAGCUGAUGGGGUUUAUGGAAUCAGCAUUAAUAUUAUCCUGGACUCUGCCCAUAGGGCUCUUAAGUCAUGGGAUCUGAUCAGCGCAAUGAUCAAGUCGCAGGUCUUCGGGGCAAUCAUAUCGAUAGUGAGCUGCGCAUGGGGGGUGACUACGAUCGGAGGGGCCAAGGGCGUAGGGGAGUCCACGACCUCUGCUGUGGUCAUCUCUCUUGUUGGUAUCUUCAUUGCCGACUUUGCGCUCUCUUACUGUUUCUUCCAGGGGGCAGGGGACUCUCUGAAGAACUGUGUCUAAUGAGAGUUCCCGUGUGGGUUCGUGUUCCUAUUAGAAAAAGAGCCUGGGCAUUGCGCAUUGCGCGAGAAGACAUUCCAGGUUCGAUCGGUGUAGUUGUUACCGGUUGUGCUUGUACCUACCCCUUAAAACACGUGUCCUUAUUAUAUUCGAGAUUGGGAAUCAAACAUAUCAAGAUCCGAAUGCA